AUGGGGAUGAACCAGGUUUAUACCUACAUUUAUGAACAUUGUGUGAAACACUCGAUGACAAGGGUGAUUGAUGAAUUACACAAGAAAAGUAAUUGUUCGUCUUUCCUCGCCAAAGUCUCCGAACCGUCUCUACUCAUCGCCAGCAUCCACUCCAUCAUAGUGAAUGCCUCUCUCGACCAUGACACGAUUAAGCUACUUCUGGACAGUGUGGAAUUGCUGGGCCAACAAUUUGGGGAACAAUGUGCAGAGGAAUUUUCGCCAAAGAAGUUCCUGAAUCUUAUUCACUACAUCAAGGCUCUGCUGGUCACAAAUAUCAUUCUCGAUGAAGAGAUCGCUGUGGAUGAAAAAGUCGAUGAGUUGAACAAGUAUUUCCCGGCAGAUGAUGAUUCUCCUCAAUCUCCAGCUAUCUCACCCUUUGACCUAAAUAGAGUCAACUACAAGCGCACACAGUUCCGUUGCUACUGCCUUUUCUUCCUUGCCAGCAAUAAAGAACCCAACAACUUCCUAACCCCAGGCCAGCAUCAACGAAUGAAGGGAAAAGUCAUACAGCCUGCUAAAUAUUUGAUUGAGACCGUAAGGGGGAGACUCCCUGAAACAUUUAUUGAAAAGUUUUGCAAGAAACCACCAUCAGCAAGGCGAGAAAUGACUUUUCCGAACCCAGUUGUCAGAGAGUUACUCUUUGAAAUUCAUAAUUAA